UUGUUCUCAGAAGAAUGCACGAGGCCAAAACAUAAACGAAAAUUUUGGUAUCACAAAAAUAAUGAAAAGUGGUUAAAGGGAUGUGGGACACGACCAUACAGUCAAAAACUACGAGAGUAG